GGCUUGUCCCGACACAGAACUCGGCCGCCUUGCCAGACAACACCAGCCCACGAUCGGCGCUUCCUUUGGUCGCCAUCUGUCCAGCACCGCCUCGCCCCAGCGCUGUCUGCGUUUGCCGUCAUGUCCCGAGGCCGCUACCAGCCCGUUCCAUCAAGCCCGGCCCAGGAGCCAUCCAAGGACGAGCAGGAGCCUGUCCUCGUCCUGGACAAGGAUGCCAACAAACCCAGCUUUGACCAGGUCUUUGCUCGCCGGCUGUGGCGGCUGCUCGGCAUCAUCUUUGCGCUUGGCCGAGGCUCGGUCACGCAGACAUACGUCUUCCUGAUUGCCCUCUUCAUUCUGCACGAGGUCUUUGUCUUCCUCGUCGGCACCCUGAGCCCCAACUUUUACCUCUAUCUGGGCAAGCGGGACUAUGCAAACUUCAAGCUCACCAUCCUCAAGUCCGCCAUCUACUACAUUCUCGUUUCUGUCGUCAAGAGCGCUACCGACUACGCCCAGGGCGUCUUUGCCCUUCGAGCCCGAAAGCGCAUCACCACAAAACUCACCCGCAAGUACCUGCGCAACGGCAGACCCUAUCGGAUCCGGGUCCUGGCCGACAAGGCCUCGUCCCAUCAGUCCGUCCCCCUGGCUGGCAUCUCGACGGCGAACGACGCUCUGUCCGCUGCCGACGCCUCGCCCGAGCAUUCAACCAGGCCACUUCCCAAGACCGACCCCAAACUUGCAAUUGGCGUCGAGAAUCCUGACCAGCGUAUUGCCGAGGAUGUCGGCCGCUUCACCGAGCAGUUGAUCAAGAUCAUCGGCGAGCUCACCAUGAAGCCCGUCCUGAUCGCGUACUACACCUACCAAAUCUACAAGGUCGCAGGCUGGGUCGGUCCGACGCUCAUGUACACCUACUUUGUAUUCAGCACCUUGAUUUGUCGCUACGUGCUCUUGCCCAUGAUUCCCCUCGUCUACACCAAGGAGCGCAGCGAGGGAAACUUUCGCUUUGGCUUCAUGUGGGUCCGCAGCCACUCGGAGCAGAUUGCGCUCCAAGGCGGCGAAGACCUCGAGAAUGACAAGCUCCAGGGUCUCUUCGAGGCAGUAUACGAUGCAACGUUGGGCUUCCUUUCCUGGAACUUUGUGCUGAAGACCGUCGUCAACCUGGUGACGUACUACGGCACCGACACGAGCUAUAUCGCCAUCGCCAUACCCAUCUUCAUGGGCAAGUACGACGACAUGGACGGCGCCGACCUGGCCUCGUUGAUUUCCAUGAACAUGUUUCUCUCACUGUACCUCAUCUACCAAUUUACUCGCAUCACCGAGCUGACCGAGGACGCCUCCAAGCUUGCUGGAUAUACCGCUCGUAUUAGCCAGUUGCUCGAGGUUCUGGACACCAUGGCCAGUCACGACGAUCGGCAACUAGACGAUCUUGUGCUGCCCAGCACGCUCGUAUCCCCCGACCAGGAUAUCGAGCAACUCAGUCCCGAGCAAAUCCAGCUCACCGUCGAUCCCGAGAACGGCCUCCGACGCCCCAGCAGCAGCAGCAUUAUCCUGCGCGACAUUACAUACUCGACUCCGACGGGAACCCUGCUGAUCCAGGAUCAGUCGCUCACCAUCGAACGCGCCCAGAACCUGCUGAUCGUCGGCCCUUCUGGGUGCGGAAAGAGCUAUCUCUUGAAGGUCAUCGCAGGCCUUUGCACGCUCGAGCAUGGCACGAUCGAGUAUCCCGGCUACGGCUCAGCCCAGUCGCAAGAGCAUUCGGCCGAACUCUCCGGCCCCUCAAAGCUACACCCUCGACACCUCUUCUUCCUGCCCCAGAACCCCUAUCUGGUGCUGAACAGCUCCCUCAAGGACCAAAUUACCUAUCCGCUCCAGGCCACAAACAAGGGCGAGCUCCUGAGCGAUGAAGAGCUCCUCGAGAUCCUGCAGGCUGUCGAGUUGGACUAUCUGUUUGAGCGCGAAGCCAGUGGCAGACUACGCUCCCAAAAGAACGCCGACGAGCAGUCGCUCCAGGUCUCCCAAAGCGACCUCUCGCAGACACUUUCGCGGGGCGAACAGCAGCGGCUGUGCAUCGGUCGGAUUCUCUUCCACAAGCCCGACUUUGCAUUCUUGGACGAGGCACUUUCGGCGGUCGAUGCCCACAUGGAGGCUCGCAUCAUGAAGAAGCUCUCUGCACACAACCAGGUCACGCUCGUUUCCGUCACGCAGCGCGAGGUACUUGAUGCCAAGAGUCUCUACCACCGGCAGCUGAUCUUCGAUGGAUGGGGCGCCUGGAAAUGCCAGGAUGUGCGCCGCUGAGGCUAGCACAGCAUCACGAGCGAACAGAAAGCAACACCGGGGCCGAAAGAACACAGCGCCGGCUUCCCGCCGCUCUGAUUGGCAAGGGCGCGGAAACUCUUGAUACGAGGUUGAUUCGGGGGUUUGGCGCCAGGGAUGGGAAGCAUCAAUGUUGUGCGUGGGGUCGCCCGCUGUCGUUGGAGCACGCACUUGCUCGCCAUCAAUACAACGCACUUGCUCGUCUUCGAUACAAACCACCAUCGCUCUCACCGGGCAGAGCCGAAUAUCAAGCGCAUUCCCUCAGCCUCAAACCAUGGGAGUUGACCCAGCCAGGAAUGGGCUGCUGCCAUUGGAAACGGCGGCACUGGAUCGUCUCCCAGACUGUGUCCUUCUGAACAUCGGCACCUGGC